UCCAGGAAUCUGGAAUCAUCAGUCACUAAUGAACCUAUAUAAGGAAGGAGCAGGGUGGAGGAAACUCUCACUCUACUUCCCAGAGAACAAUGGCAGCCUACACAAGUCUCCUGGUCCUGAUGGUCCUCUGCAUUGCUUCAGCUGUUUCACUAAAAUGCUACACCUGUCUAAUAGAGGGUAGCAAUGCAAACUGCACGACCGUUGCCACCUGCGCUGAAAACCAGAGCUUCUGCAUGACCGCAAUCACUGGAUUUGGUGGCAAUAAUGUCGUCAGCAAGACCUGCAAUGCCACUUGCCAAGAGAACAGCGUCAACUUCUUCUUCACUGCCAAAACUUCCUGCUGUUCCACCGAUCUCUGCAACGUCAGCGGUGCCUCCAGUAUCAAGUCCAAAUACAACGUCAUUGCUGUGGCCCUGGGGUUCCUGGGGGCCCUCAUGAGACAAUCCAUAUAAAGUGUGCGUUUAGUAUACAAACUUUGUUUUUGUUUAAUGUUUUAUGAUGAAGUUGUGACUUUUUGGAAAGAUUUUUUUUUUUUCUCAUGAAAAUGGGAGGUGACUUGCCGAAGCGCUCUGAUUGGUGGUCUUAAUGAGCGCCUACAAGAGGGCUUUGGGAUAACGCACCAUUUUUUGUAGUUAAGUUAUAUUUCCUUAAUUCCAAAAAGUCAAAUUUGUUGUCUUAAUUCAGGGGUGCCCAACACACGGCUAUGCAUGUGGCCCAACACACAAAAUUGUAAACUUGCCAAAAUGUUUUACCCCCCCCCCCCCCACUCUUCACAAUCACUCCUUGUUCAUGUCGUCUGUUUUCCUCGGCACCGAUAUUGGUGAGCGACUAUUUUCAGGAAAUGAAGAGCACUUUUAGAACCACAUAUCUGAUGAGAAUUGUGUAAAUGUGUUAAUCAAAAAUUGUGUCAAGUGUUGCACCUCGUUUUUGUUCUUUUACCUUUUUUAUAAUAAAAUAUUACAAAAAA